CCCCACUGUCAACAAGCAUAGAAUUGUCAAUUGAAAUGUCAAAAGUGGUAAAAAUUUGGAGUGUAAUCUUCAUUUUUCGGGUUGCGUGAUACAAUUUUUGGGAUUUGGAAAAUUUACGUUCCAGAAUAUACAGGCUAUCUAUUAAAAAGUGGAUUUCCAUAUAUAAAUGACUCUUUCAUAAUAUGCAUUAAGUAUAUCUUCACUUUUGUUUUGCGUAAGGUGCAAUUAAUUAUUUUUAAAUGCUGGAUUGAGUGCACCGUCACUCAUACCAACGCAAUUUUGCGUUUAAUGAUAGCAGCAGCGGAAGCAGGCUGAUUCAUAUUUCAGGACAACAGUGGUUAGCCCAACGAAAAUAGCUGCUAAGGGAAAUUUGGUAUAGAAAUAUUCAUUUCAGAUUCAAAUAUUCCUUAACAUCAAUAUCCAAGCAACAUGUAUCAGAGCGCCUGCAAUGUCGCUACGACUGGCUCGUGCGCACCCGGUACUGAAAAUGACCGCGAAGCAGAGCGUCAGGCUGCGCUAAUGGCACAACAACCGCCCACUGCGCCCGUGGAGCCCGACUACAGUGGUUUUGAUAUUGUCAAAGCGACACAAUAUGGCGCUAUAGCGCGUGUGCGCGAGCUCAUUGAAUCAGGUUGGGAUGUUAAUCAACCUGAUAGUGAGACAGUAACACUGCUCCAUUGGGCAGCUAUCAAUAAUAGACGCGACAUAAUACGUUAUUUCCUGGAGAAAGGCGCCAUUGUGGAUGCAAUAGGAGGCGAAUUGAAUGCUACACCUUUGCAUUGGGCCACACGUCAAGGACAUCUUGCCUCUGUUGUCUUGCUUAUGAAUGCUGGCGCUGACCCACGAAUACGAGAUGCUGAGGGGUGUUCCUGCAUACAUAUUGCAGCUCAAUUUGCGCACACGGCAUUAGUUGCAUACUUUAUAGCAAAAGGUGUGGAUCCAGAUUUGCAAGAUCGUGGCGGAAUGACAGCGCUUAUGUGGGCGGCAUGGAAAGUUUGCGCACUAGAUCCUGUACGUUUAUUGCUCACACUAGGGGCUAAUCCCGCCAUGGUUGAUUACACACACGGCAAUACAGCGUUACACUGGGCAAUACUCGCCCGCAAUGCUACUGCCAUCUCUACGCUAGUACUCAAAUCACGCGCCUCCCUCGAUGUUCCUAACCUGCGAGGCGAAACGCCCUUAUCGAUGCUGGAAACACAAGCGGGCGCCAUAUGGAUUGGAGCUAAAGUAUUAGAUCGCGUACGGGAGGCAUCACACAAAUCACAACCCCAACGGUCAGGAAUAUCGCGACUACGCCAUGAUAAGCGUCUACGUUGGUGGGCAAUGGUGGCAUGUCCAUUUACCGCCUUCUAUCUGGCAGGUGUAGUAUUUACACUGAAUACACUGUAUAUUAUUAAAUUCUUCCUGCUUGGCUGUCUGUACGGCAUUUUCCAUACGCUCGGAAAAGCGUUAUUCGAUGAACAUUUGUUGGCGUUGCUCCCACUAAGCGUAUAUCUGGCUUCGAAGGCAUGGUUCUAUGUAACGUGGAUUGUUUAUAUCGUAGACGCGGUUUCUUUUGGCGAAACGGUGGUUUUUCUGUCUUGCUCCGCAGCGCUUUGGGUGUGCUUCAUCAAGUCUUGGAAGGGAGAUCCGGGCAUCAUACGACCAACGCAGGAACAACGAUUUAAA